AUGGCAUCAGCGGCAAUAGCAGGUCCAUCGAGGAUCCCCCUCCGAUCUUAUCCACUCAUACCUUCAAGAUGCCUAUGCAAACGACAGAGUAGAUCGCUGUUCACCAGAAGAGGAACUUCUUUCUGGACUCAGUCCUAUCCUUCAUCCGAGUCACCACAGAUUCCUUAUACCCCUCCACCGCCGGACCAGCUGAUAGGUAGGAAUGGGAAUGAAGAAGUGGAUGGGCAGAGGAGGGAUAGGAAGCAGAGGUAUCUGGAUAGUCUGAUGGAUAAGGCUGGAGAACUGAGCUUGAGAUGUUCGGUGCUGGAUGCAGAAGGGAAUUGGACAGCUGAAGAAGGGAAAUAUAAGAAAUCUGAAUUAUGCAGAGAACAUGAUCUGGAUCCUCGGGAUCUUCGAAAAUUGGAUUCACUCGCACCCAACCUCGUACCCAUCAUCCUAACUCGACGAACAUGCAUCAUCGUAUCCAUGCUUCACAUCAAAGUCUUGAUCAAACCCGAUAGAGUCAUCGUAUUUGAUAAUUCCGAAAUUCAAGAAUCAGAUACUCAGAGGAGAUUUAAAUAUCAUUUAGAGAGGAAUAUCAAAGCUGGUUUGGGUAUACAGACGUCAGUUGAUAAUGGGAGUAAGGAUUGUGAAGAGGCUGUGUUAUGUUAUGAACAUAGAGCCCUCGAAUCUGUCCUGGUAGCUUCCGCCAAUGCCUUGGAAGAAGAGAUGGCAUUCACCAGACAUUUGGUACAGCAUCUUUUAUCUGACUUAGAAAGUGAUAUAAAUAGAGAAAACCUGAAGAGAUUAUUACACUAUUCGAGGAAGAUAGUCGGAUUUCAGAGUAGGGCUAGAUACGUUAAGAGAGCAGUAGACGAGGUUCUUGAAUCGGAUGAGGAUCUGUCCGCAAUGUACCUCACCUCAAGGGCUCAAGGUCGUCCGAGAGCUUUACACGAUCACGAACAAUUGGAGUUAUUGCUGGAAAGCUUUGUCAAACAGGUAGAGGAAAUUGUCAGUGAGGUCGAUACGACUGUCGCCAACAUGAACUCUACGCAGGAGAUAGCAGAACUGAUGCUCGAUUCAGGACGCAACGCUCUGCUGGCUUUGGACGUCAAGAUCUCAAUAGCUACGCUUGGUAUAGGUACAGGAGCGUUGAUAGCUGGUCUAUUCGGUAUGAACUUGACCUCAUCACUCGAAUCAACACCAUAUGCUUUCGUCGUCGCAUCGGGAACAGCAUCCUUCAUUGCCCUUUUAGUUAUGAUCUACGGCACCAAGACACUUCGUCGAGUCCGAAGAGUUGCUUUAUCCGACGGACGAUCUAGAACCGACGAACUGUCCAUAUUGAUGAAUUCGAAAAGAUGGGAUAGAUCCGUGGAGCAAUUCUCAAAAGGAUAUGAUCCUUUUUUAGUAGAUAAUCGGAAGAAACAGUUAUUGUGGGAUAGGAUAUUAUGGAAGAAUUGGGGGAAUUCAAAAUCAAGGGAUGAUAAGAAGGCUUCGAUGAUGAGAUAUAAUCAGAUACAGGCUGCAAAGCAAGCUCAAUGGAAGGCUGCUCAACAAGCUAGGACGUGGAAUAGAGGAAGUAGUAAGAAUAUUGGAUCGGCAGAUGAUCACAAUGCGACACCACCUCUUUGGCGCCACGAGUAG